CGUCCGCGCUGCCGUUAUUCUCCCACGCCUCCCCUCCCUCCUGAGCUGUGCUGUGCCUGUGCUGCCCGGCUCCUUCCAUUCCACCUUCGCCAAUCAUCCACCCCACCACCCGUCGCCGUCGCCUCUUUCCUUUUCCCUCUCCGCCUUCUCCCCUCCCAAUCCUUCACCUCUCCAUCGUCGAGCAGGACGGAGCAGGAGGGCGGCGACGGCGAGGGGAUGUCGGGGGCGUGGGGCGGCACCACGCAGAAGUGCGCGUCGUGCGGCCGGACGGUGUACCCCGUCGAGGAGCUCGCCGCCGACGGGCGCGUCUACCACCGCCCCUGCUUCCGGUGCAACCACUGCAAGAGCACGCUCCAGUUCAGUAAUUAUUCUUCUGUUGAAGGUGUCUUGUACUGCAAGCCUCACUAUGACCAGAUAUUGAAGUCAACAGGAAGUUUGGACAAAAGUUUUGAAGGUGCGUCCAGAUCAGCUAAGCCAGAAAAAUCAAAUGGACAUAAGGGCCAGCAAAGAAGUAGAUUCUCUAGCAUGUUUGUCGGCACACAGGAUAAGUGCAUAGUCUGUAACAAGACUGUGUACCCUCUUGAAAAGGUUGCGCUGGAUGGAAGCUCUUAUCACAAAUCAUGCUUCCGUUGCACCCAUGGUGGUUGUACGCUCAGCCCGUCCAACCAUAUCACGCAUGAAGGCAAACUUUACUGCAAGACCCACCAUUCUCAAUUGUUUAUGGUUAAGGGAAAUUUCAGUCAAUUUGAGGACAGCUCUGGGAAUGCAAAAGUGGCUACUGAGAAACCACCAGAAACAGAAGAAGCGACCAAGAACCCAGGUCAAAGUGAAUUGACAGAGAAGCCAUCAGAAGCCGAGCUUACAGCUGAAAAAUCGCCAGAAAAAGAUGCAAAACAACUGCAAAGUAGCACUGAUGCAAUAAAACCUUCUGAAACCAUCACAACAACGCAGACACCAGCAGGAAGUGAAAGAGCUAUUGAGAGUGAGUCAAAGAGUACUAUUGUCGACAACAAGCCAUCAGAAAAUAGCGUAGAAAAGCCACUGCAGAACAGUGUGAUUGAUGUAAAGCCAUCAGGAAGUGGUGCAGCCAUAAGAAAGCCAUGGCAGCGUAGUCUUCAAACAGAUAAACCGUUACUGAGUAGUACAACCACUGAAAAGCGAUCACUGAGCGGUGCUGCCAUUGAGAAGCCAUCACCAAACAACGGGGUUGAUGUGAAACAGUCUGAAAACAGCACAGUUGUCAAAAGGUCAUGGCAACGAAGUGUGGCUACUGAAAAUCCACCAGAGAGCAUUUUACCAUCGGAUAAGCCAUCAGUGACCAGUGCAAAUGAUGCAAAGCCAUCAGAAACUAGCAAAGUGGUCAAAAAACCAUGGCAACACAUUGUGGCUGCUGAGAAGCAGAUACAGAACAGUGCACAAACUGAGAAGUCACAGAACAGUGUACCUACUGAGAAGUCAUCACCGACAACUGAGAUGAAGCCAUUAGAUAACACCACAGAAGUAAAAAGUCCAUGGGGACGUAGGGUAUUCAAUCAUAAGCCGCUGAAGAGCAAUAUAGAUACUGAGAAACCAUCAGCAAACAGUGUGGUUGGUGUGAAGCCAGCGGAAACCAGUACAGUAACCCCUGUGCCACAGCAACACACAGAAAACGUCGAGAAACCUUCAGACACUAGUGCAAAUGAUGCAAAGAAUGGAGAUGAUACGAAGCGUACAGAUGAUGUAAAGCCAUCAGAGAACACUGCAGCAGUAGUUAGAAAGUCGUGGCAACGCAACAUAGGCUCUGAGAAGCAACCCCAGAGCAGUGCAGUUGAUGCAAAGAGUACAGAAAGUAGUGGAACAAUCAAAAGGCUGUGGCAACGCAAUGUGGCAACUGAGAAGCCCUCACAAAGUGGUACGUCAGUUGUGGCACCAUCACAGAGCAGUGUAGCUGUCUCCAAGCCUUUCCAAAGUAACACGGCCGCGAAGAGGCCAUGGCAAAGAAGCAUGGCUCCAGAAAAACAGAAAGAGACUGAUUUAUCUAGCAAUAAGCCACUGCAAAGUAAGCCAUUGCAAAUCAAGACAGUUGUAGAGAGUCCCCUGGAAAGCACGAUAGCUGUCAAGGAAACGUCACAAAGCAUUGCACCUGCUGAGGAACUACAGCAAGUCAUUUUGGCCACUGAAAACAUAUUGCAAAUCAGCAAAGAUACAAAGAACAAUGGUGAUACUUCCGAGAAGCCACCAACAAGUGAGACAGCUGAAGCGCCAUCACUUCCUACGAGUAUAUUGCAACGUGAUGUUUCCUCAGAAAAACCAUUGGAAACUGACAUACCUACCAUGACACCAAGUCAAGUCCCUGAGCUCCCUAAGUCAUCAGAAAGUGUUGUUAAAACCGAGAAGUUAUCACCGAGUGACACCGCUGCUGAGAAGAUACCUCAAAGUAUUAUCACUGAGAAGGUAGAAAGUGUAUUGAAGUCACCUCAAAGUGAUACAGCCCAUCAGAAGAUCUUGGAGAGAGAGUUGGUGACUGAGAACAUAUUGGAAAGUGCCAUGGCUGUCAAGAAGCCACAUCCAAGCACUUUGAUCGCCAAUAAGCCAUUGAUAGAAGAUAUUGCAGAGGAGCCAGUUCAAACCAGUGAACCGUCUGAGCAGCCACUGCAAAAUAAAGAGGCUGUUGAGAAGCCAUAUCAAAGUGAUGAUGUUGCUGCAGACAUGACAGGGAGUGAAGUAACUCAUGAGAAGACGACAGAACCUGAAAGUGAUGCCACUCUCAACAAGCCAAACAAGGAUCCAUCAGAACAUGAAGGUCUUUCAUCUGGCAAGAGUUCUCUGGACUCCCAAAGCAAUUCAAACACUGAGCAGCCAUUAGUACCUCAAGUCGUGGCGGAGAAGGCAGCUGCCCAGAUUACAGAAGCAGAAAAUGAUGCAGAUGCUGAGAACUCAUCAGAAUCUCUGAGCAUUGCACCUGCUGAGAGUCCAAAGGAGCAACCAUCAGAACAUCAGAAGGAUGUGGCUAUGGAGCAACCACUGGAACCUCAACAUGAAAAAGAUUCUGAGAAUCCACUAGAGCUUGUUGGUGCUGCAACUGCCAAGGAGUCAUCAGAGCCUGAAAGCCACAUAACUGCAGAAAAGCCUGCAGAAUCACAAAAUGAUGCAGAUCAGUUAGCUGAGCAGUCAUCAGAACCACAGAGCAAUGAAUCAACUGAGAAGCCAGAAGUACAUCAAAGUAGUACGUCCAGUGAUAAGCCUUCUGGGCUUCAAAGCAAUGCAGCCACUGAUAAACUAUCAGAGCAGCCAUCAGAGCCUGAGAGCAAUGCAUCUUUCAAAAAGCCAUCAGAGUUUCAAACUGAUGCAGUUGCCAUGGCACCACCAGAACCUCAAUUUGAUGCUGCUCCUGAUAAGGUAACUGAUCAGCUAUUGAAGCCUCAUGAUGAUGCAUCUGUUGAGAAGCCACCUGGAACUGAAAGUAAUGCUGAUUCUGACAUACCGUCAGAAAGCAGCUCAGCUACUGACACACUGCCUGUAGACCAUCCAAACAACAUAACUACUGCUGAACCUCUACCGGGAGGCAUUUCUGAUCAAACAUCACAUCAGAGCAAUGCACCAAUAGAAACACCAUCAGGAAGUGAAACAGUUGUUGGGGAUUCAACACACAACGAAGAAACCACCAGCAAACCAUCAGAGGAAAGCAUAGCUAUUGAGAAGCCAUCCGAGGAAGAAGAGGUGAGUGUCAAGCCACCGGAGGAUGGUGUAACUUCCGAGAAGUCAUCGGAGGAAGACAAGGCAGAUGCAGAGCCAUCAGAAGACAAUGCUUCUCUUGAGAAACAAUUGGAGGCUGAUGAGGUGAGUGCCAAGUCUUCAGAGGAUAUUGUAACUCCUCAGAAGCCACUGGAGGUGGGAGAGACAAGUGUUGAGCCAUCAGAAAACAAUGCUUCUCCCGGGAAGCCAUCGGAGGAAAAUGAGGAGAGUGCCAAGCCAUCGGAGGAUGUUGUAACUCCAGAGAAGCCAUUGGAGGAAGGUGGGGCAAGCACAGAGCCAUCAGAAGACAAUGCUUCUCUUGAGGAACCAAAAGAAGAGGACAAGGUGACUCACAAGCCUUCUGAGGACGACAGUGUAGCCCUUGAGAAGCCACCAGAAGAAGGUGAGGCGAGUUCAGAGCCAUCAGAAGACACUGCUGCUCGUGGAGAAACAAAAGAGAAAGAUGAGGUGAUUGCGAAGUCAUCGGAGGCCAGUGUGGCUCUUGAGAAACCAUUGGAGGAAAGCGAGGCAAUCGCAGAGCCGUCAGAAGACAAUGCUGCUAUUGGGAAGCCAUUGGAGGAAGAUAAGGCAAAUGAUGAGCCAUCAGACGACAGUGUAGCUCUUGGGAAGCUACAGGAGGAAGGGGUUGACAGUGUCAAACCAUCAGAGGAGGACGUGGCUCCUGAGAAAUCAGCUGCUGACAAGCCAUCCGAAGAAGUGGUCGACGAGAAGCCGUCCCACGACGAUGCUAUUGUCGAGCCGUCAUCUCAGGACGACACGGCCACUGAGAAGCCAUCAGCUACAACUGACACUGCAGAAACUGCAUGAGACAGCAGUUAGCCGGUUACAGUUAGUUAGCAACAGCCAACAGUUUUUAACAGUGUGGAUCGAAUAUUAUUGUUGUGGGUUUUCGGCGUGCCUUUUGUUUGUUUUUUUCUCUGUACAUUGCUUGAGUUGUAAAAUUUGAGGGAAAGAAACUACAGGUAUUGAUUUGAUUUGAUUUUUUUUUCGCAAGCAAUAAUCCCCUCCUCCCCAUGUUAGGACUUAGGAGGAUACCAUUGAGGUUUUACAUAUAGGAUUUGCGUGGGGUUUGAUUUCUAUUUCUGUACAUCAGAUGAUGUCUUUUGUAAAUGAUAUUGUGCAAACAAUUACUGUGUUUGCUUAUUAUUUGAUUUUCUGCA